GCACCAGCUGAUCAUGCACGGUAGCUGAGACUUAAUGGUCGUGACAUUUUAAAACAAAAGAUACAUUAUUAUUAAUGUUAAUGACAUAAAAUACUCUAGAAUGUGGUCAUUACUCAAGACUAAGUGCAAGUGAAUGACAUGUCUGCGAAGAAGUGCAGUUUUUAACAUAGACGGCGUGUUGCCAAGUCUAGGAAUGUCGAUUGACUGAAACGUGACGUCACAUCAUUAUGUGGUGAUAUUAUGGCGAGUGAAGCGGUGAAGAAGUCCGAUAGAGCAGCAGACACGGAGGCUGAGAAGGAGGCAGCCGGUUUGGAAGAGGAAAGUGUGGACUCACUUCUGGGAGAACCAGCUCACCAUGCUCGCCGACCCAUGAAUGCAUUUCUCAUCUUCUGCAAGCGGCACCGUGGCGUUGUACGAGACCGUUACCCUCACCUUGAGAACCGUUCAAUCACAAAAAUCUUGGGCGAAUGGUGGGCAAAUCUUGAACAGCCUGAGAAAGCGUCAUACACCGAACUUGCACGCCAGUACAAAGAAGCAUUCCUGAAAGCAAACCCAGAUUUCAAGUGGUACAAGCUACCUGCACCUCCAUUGCGUACACUCAUCACACGGCCAUCCAAUCAGAACAAGCCUCAUAAGUUGGAGUGUCAAGUGACUUGUGGUCCCAUCACACCAGGCAAACUGGCAGAUGAAAGUCAGAUGGGAGGGCUCAGUAGCCUUCUGGCCUCUCCUCCCACCACUCCAACCACUCCCACUGCUCCAACAUCACCAACUGUACCAAAACCUCCCAAAAAGCGAUACCUGCAAGAAGCAAUGGGGCUUUUAGAAGCUAGCACUGCUGUAAGUCCUCAACAGUGCAAGGCACCAUCUGAAAAGGAGGAGACCAGGAAUGGGUCAGGUGAGGGUUGUACUUCAUCUGCAUUGGACUUCAGGUCGUCUUCAUCAGAGUCUCCCCCUAUGGGAUUAUCUUCAGUGAAUUUCAUGUCACCAUUUACAAAACUAAGAAGCCAUGCAGCAGAUCAAUUAAACUCACUCCAAGAAAGGAAGACAAACCGUCGUAGGGCUAGCGUUGAUUCGGCAACAAGUAAAUCAAAGGACUGGAGGGUGGGAAACAUGAAAGAAGGUUGCUCUAAGGCCAAAGGGAUCCAGAGCAAUUUGUGUUUUGUAUCCAACUUGCCAAGUUCAGUUGCAGUACCGAAACUGAAAGAUGCACAUGGCUGUAGCCAGCGUCCUGCAAAAUUGAGGGCAAGGCACCAUCGUAGUAUGAGCCAUGAUAAAAGUGAUUCUACAUGUGAUUCAGAAGUGAUUGCCGCGUCAUCCACUGUGAUCCGUCGGUGUUUCUCCAAGAACAAGGAGGGGGACAGACUGUCUGAUAUCAAGUCUCAUAAUGAUCUGGAGAGGACAAUAAAGGCUUCACAACAACAAAUUAUUGACAGAGUUGUUGAUAGACUGUGCGGUUUCACAGAUCAUGUGAGAUCACCAUCACCACUAUCAAACAAGAGUGCUGCCUGCAUUAAUACUUUUACAGUGGAGAAGUCUCCACCUCUGGACACGACAAACACACAUCAACCUUCAUCAAAGCAGCAAAGAAACGUCACUUCACCACCUCUUCAUUUGGUGAAGAACAGUGUAAUUUGUAGUAAUAACACUGUGACUCAGAGUACGGGUAACUGUAAAUCCCCACUGGUCAGAUCUCCCAAAACAUCAGAUGCAUGCUGCACAUCAUCUCUGUCAUCAGGUGCAUGCAUUUCUGCUGCAGAAGGCUUGGCAUGCGAUUUCCAUAGUGAUGCCAGCCAUGAAUUUGAUUUAAAGAGUAUAAACAACAAUGUGUAUGUUUAUAAAGAUAUUGCUUCAGAAAUGUGCAAAGAGAGCAGAGCUGGGAACUGUAGACCUGAAGGGUAUUAUCAUAGCAUCGGUGAUUAUGGUACAAAUAAUCAUGCCUCAGAAGUUAGAAGUUACGGAGAUACCUGCAUUGUGCCCAAGGCUGCCGAGACUUGGGACUGGAAGCGCGAUGUCUGGAACGAAAGCAGCGUUACAGCUUCAAACUGUCUGUUGAAUUCUAGCAGAGCUGUAACCUCUGAUAUUUGUGAUAAAGUAACGAAGACUGUUAAUGUGAUCGUAAAUCACACCGAACCAAAGCCGACAUUCACUGACUCUGACAGGACUUGUCCAGAAACACCGAGUGUCUUUAAUUUUUCAAGGACUUCUAAAACAGAAGAAAAUAAUCACAACAGUGUAUUCCAAAAUGAAAAUGUUUCUGAAGUGACUUGUUAUUCCAGACAUAACCAUCAUGAUAACAGAGGAGUGGGUUUUGGGCCAAAUAUGGAGGUGGGGUUAGAGAGUAUGGAAGAAAAUAGGUUAGUGUUUCCAGCAUUGUAUGGUGAUGAUAGUAAGGUCAGGACAAUUUUGGUUCACAAUCCACCAGGACAGAGUGUUCUUGCUAAAUCUGAAAAGUACUUAGAUGGUCAGGAAGGAAAUAAUUUAGAUCUGACACUGAGGUUGAGUGAAAACAGAUUUUUUGAUCAUACUAUAGCAAAGACAUUGGUCAACUCCAACUCCUUACCAGAAGGAAAGCAGCAAUGUACAUCCUCCACGUUCAGUAACAAUAUUUCAGAAUCAUGUGCAGCAAAAUGUGACAGUUUGCCAUCAAAUGACAGAUCUGAAAGUGUAGUGAAAGACCACAAUAGCAGGAUAGAUAUGCCUCCAAAAUCAGGCACUGAAAAUACUUUAAAUGGUGUUCCAACAGUGAGUUCAGUUGCCAAUGUUAAGAAAUUUGAUCCUGCAGAUUAUGAAUUAAAAAAUAGCAACAUUGAUAUAAUCAGGCCGAAGAAGUUGAUUCACUCUUCACAGAAAACUGCCUCAAAAUUAUCCAUACCACAUUCAUUGGAUCAUGCAGUUAAUGGCAAAGACAGUAAAGACACCUCAGGUGUUAAUGACAUAACUACUCCUAAUGGUUCUGAAGACAGGAGGAUAACUUCUCAGGACCCUUCAUAUGAAAAUGAUUGUGUGGCGGCGAGGCCAGGGACAUUGGAGUAUGUUGCUGAUAUGGCAGAAACAGGAUCGGAAUUCACAUCAGUGAGUACAAAGGACUGGACAAGACUUUCAGAAGAUGAAGCUCUUUCCACUGCUGAUACUCCGCAGCUGCUUCCAAGCCCAAGUGAAAUGCAACGAAGGAAAUCCGUACGUACCUGCAAAGGACAACGUUAUCGAGAAUUCAUGAGCGAAGGUCGUCUUGCACUUGGAAAGCGGACACGGAGGAACUUUGUCAACAGCAACGAAAAUAGUACAGAUCUUCCAGUGACCCCAGUUCCAAAGAGAGAGAGGCUUGACUCAGAGUCCUCAAGUGCUAGUGAGAAAACAGAAAGCUCAGACGCACUGCCAGAGUUAGAUCUUCAAGUUCCACGCAUGGUGGAGCCGUCACCAUCAGGACUGAGAAACAAGAUGCCAGCUGUAAAAAGAGAAACAAAACAUGGCUGUAGAAAGACAGGAAAACGGUUCAGUGGUUCUACAGAAGAUGGUCCAUCACAACAUUCAUUAUCUGACAAGAAGUCUAGAAAACGUUUAUAUGCUUCAGAAGAAUCAUUUUCGGACUCCUCGCCAAAGAAACGAUUUAGAGCUGCAGAUUUCAACUUGGACGAGAAAAUCGAGGCUCUGCCAUCUUUGAGUUUGGAAGAAUUUCAGCUGAAGAAAAAAGCUCGAAAGAAGAGGAACCUUUCCAGCGGCAGCCCAAAAAAGACGGUUAUAUCAUCUGGCCCACUGGCAACUGCAGCUACUACUAGGCGUCGUGCAGUGAGCCUGGACAUGCAUAGUGCUGCAUUGCCAGCAGUACUGAGUCCUGAAGAUAACCACAGUAUGGAGCAGAGAGUCCCUAGUGUUGUUAGGGCCAUCUCUCCCCCUGUUAUAGUCACAAGCAAUGCUGCCACCACAAUCACCAUCACAACAGCACACUUGGUAGGCAGCCAGAAACGCAAAGCUCGUAAGCAGUGUAUCACUCGACUUGAUCCAGAGAAUGUUCGCACGAGCAGAGACACUGCUGUGGUGGAACCAGACGUACUGAAUAACAUAGGACUUACAACACUGGCCGAAGUGGCAGCGGCCAAGAAGAAACUCACAAAAUAGAAGACAUAUAGUGACAAUGAUAUUAAGAAAGUGUAGGAAGUUCCAGCCUCCAUAUACUGCCUUGUAUUACAACUGUUGUUAGAAAUAUAUUUUUUUUAUAACCUUAAAAUAUAUAUUGAAAAUGAUCUGAGUACGUUUUGAUAUCGGCAGCUUCGUGUAUAUUUCGUGGUAAGAUCAGCUAGUCUUGCUGUGAAAUGCACUGAAGCUAUACUGUUGUUUGGAAGUAUAUCCUGUUGUAUGCUGAAGCAUAGUUUUACAAGUGGAAAGUAUGGUGCUAUAAAUACACCCUGAUCUCUGUGGAUGAUACUUGGGUGAAAGUCCUAAUUGUAGUCAAGUAUAAGAUAAGUAAAUUGGAAGAGAUAUAUGUACCUACUGAAAAGAUCGCAAGAGCGUUAAGAGAAUUUUAUUAUAUGCCACAUUAAAGUAUGUGGUACAUAUACAUAGCUUGUAGUCGUUGAAUGUCGUUUGAUAUCAAAAUGGUAUUUGCUACAAAUAUCACUCCUCUCAUGUUGUAGAGACAAGCUACAACAAAUACUUUCUUUGUUUUUGGUCUGUACAGGUUUUUUUUUCUUUUGUCGCCCUAUUAACUUUGCUGAACAGUUGCAUGAAUGAUUGUGCCUGGAAUUGACAAGUUUAUAAAAAAUUGGCUGCUCAUUUGUGAUUUUGGUACAUGUGUAUUCAUGGAUGACCGAAGUAACUUUAAAAGCUCUUGCACUGCCAACCUCAGAAAUAGAAACAACACCUAAACCUAAACUCAUCAUUUGUUUCUAACAACAAGCCCACAAGAUUAAGCUUUUCAUUUCAUUUCUAAAAUGUUAUGUCAUUGGUUCAGUUCUGAAAACUAUAGACUUUGGGUUUUGUUUGUAUGAACAAACUUCUGUGGUUGGCAAUGCUAACAUGGCAGACAAAAUGGCAGUAAAGUUUUAAACUUCCUUAGGUCACUUGUUAGUAGACAAGUACCGUGAUUUUUUAAAGUAAUUUGUGGCACUGAUGUUCUAUAGUUGUUGUGUGUUUUUAUUUUUUACUGGAAUGCAAAGUUUAAAAAAAUUGGGAGCAAAUAUGUUUUAUAUAAUAUUAUAUGCUGUAAUUGUUUAACAUUUUAUAUAGGAUUAUACAAAACUACCUGGUUUUAUGUUGUGAUAAAUGAGUGGUUAACUUGUAUGUAUGGUUAAAUGUUUUUGAGCAAAUAUUGUUUUUUUUCUAUGCUCACUGAGUGAUGCGCUGCUGUAUAGGAGGCAGCUAGUCCAAACAGAAGAAUGUUUCUGAAUGAUAUAGCAUGCAUUUCAUGUAAUGAGAUGUAUAAUCUCAGAAAAAUGAUUGAAUCAAUGAAAAUUACUUUUUCUCACAGAAAGAGAUGUUAAUAAGCAGAACAGCUGUUUCGAACCUGUAAGCUGGCAUUUUUUUGUGAAGUUUAUGAAAGCACUCAUAUACAGAAAAUAAGAGAUGAUGCCAUAAUAGCAACACAAAUGUAGCAACAUCAGGGGAAUUCUUUUUUUUUUUUUUUUUCCUGUAGUUCUUACCUCUGUCUCAACACUGUAGUACUGAUGAUUUCAUUUUCUCCCCUCAUUAUAUGGGAACUGUAAGAUUUCUGGGAUUUUCACUAAGAAGUUUACAGUAGUGAUUUUCUCCUAAGUGUACAGUUGGGUGACUUCACUGUAUGUUUAUGAGCAGAUUAGAAAAAUGUUCCGUCACUUACCUUUUUCUUUGAAAAAUACAAAAAAUGCCUGAACAUUUCAAAAUAUUCAGCUUGGAGAGCAGCAAGCAUGCUGCUGUUGGUUAGUGUUACUGAACAGUUGUUCAGGAGAUUAUUGUGUUCUGCACACGUUAGUCAAAAAACUGCUGUUGUAUCCAGCUGGCUAUCUUAAGGCGUGUUUUGUGUUAAGUUCUGAUCAUAUUACUUGAAAAUAGUAAAUUAAAAUUAAUAUUCACUAUGUUCAAAUUUACUGAAGUCAUGUGUUUCUCUUCAGGGAGAACCCAUUCAUAUUGUUAUGUAUAAUCUGAUUGUGGAUGAUUAAGUGAAUACUGUGAAAGGAGGGGAGGAAUGGAAUUUAAAAAAUGAAACCAUAGUUCCUUUUAUAACAGUGAAAUAUGCAACUGAAAGCUAUAAUCUAUUCAAAAUUCCAAACCAGUCCCUAACCUUUGGCUACAUAAAAGUCAUGGUCCCCUCUCACAAGGAUAUAGUACAAUUUUACAUCUGUUUAGAACUUAUAUAACUAAGAACUGUUCUUUUAUUACUGUAUUAAUGCCUAUAUUAUCUGUAAGAAGUUUAGAUUAUUAGUUGCGAGUUUUCCAAUACGGGUUUCCAUUAUAGUCAGCAUCUGAACCCAACUAUUAGAUGUAUGAAGAUUGGCUGAUUACUAUUUGAACCACAAUUUUGAGUAUCUCACGCUGAUACAUAGAUAUAGCUUUUCUUUUUAAACAAAUAUUGUUGAUUGAUUUGAUAAUAUAUCAAGAAAUGAGGAACAGUAUUUAAUUGUGAUUCUGGCAGAAUUAUUUAAAAUUUGUGACAACUGUGAUUCACACUAGAUUUGUAUUGAGAAACAAAAAUAAUUGUCAGUGAGAAUGUUGGUAUUGCUUGAAUUCGUGUGGAUUUGUGUAUAUAUAACUUCAUGGGCACCAUCAGGAUGUUUUCAAAAUGGAGUAACCAGAAAAUUUUCUUAUAGACUUAUGUUGAAGCCUUUUAAGACUUUUUUUACUGAUCACCCUUCAGCAAUCAUGGCAGAAAAAUAUUUUUUUAAUAAUUUUGAUAUCUGGUACUUUUCCUUCUUUAUCAGUUCUAAUUGUUUUUAAUCCAGAGGGAGGGGCAGAUGUCUGGCUUAUCCCUCCUUCCUGGCGCCCAUGCCUAACAUCACAAACUUGUGUUUUGUAGUGAAUUUGUUCACAACCAUACUUGGAAUAAGUUAGGUUCUUUGAAUUUAUUCUUAAUCAUAAUUGUUUAGUAUUAACAAACAUGGCAAAGUAUGCAGGGACAUGAAUUUUAUGACAGACUGGACAACCAGGACUUAUGAACAUAAAGAAGAUAUCAUCAUAUAAUUAGUCCAAGCAGGGCAGUGUUUCCUGAUUUGUUGAUAUAUAGUUUUCAUGCAAUUUUUCAUAGAAACAAAAUGCAAAAGUGAUGUAUCUAACAUAGUGUUUACUACAUUUUGGUCUGUAUACAAAAAUGCAAUGCAUCGAUGUGAGUAGUGAAAAAAUGCAUAUUUUGAAUUAGAUUUACGUAAACUGCUUGAUGGUAAAGGAGAGGGGAGAAGAAAGGAGGAGAGGAAUAAUUGAUGGACAAAUAAAAUGGAAUGGAAAGUAAUACUGGAAAAGGGAGGAGAGGUAAUAAAAGUACACAUGUUUAUGUAACAAAGGAAAGCAUUCAGUUGAAUUUUCAUCAGCAUUGCACUAGCAGAAUUGUGUAUUUAGUAUGAAAAGAACUGCCAUGAAUCAGUUCCUUUGUUUUGCAGCCAAAUUAAGAAAUGUCUGCAUAAUAUUAUCUUCCACCUUUGUCUGUCUUCCCAAGGUUCCACUUUUCAAGAAGCUUUUCCCUCCAAAAUUGUGUGUGUCUCAUUUCCUCCAGCUAAGCUAUUGCUUAUCUGGUACAGUGAUUAUACUGCAGACUGGACAACUAAGGAAUCAGGGUUCAAUUCCCAGCAGGGGAAAGAGAUUUUUAUCUUCUCCACAGAACUCGGGCUCACCCAGCAUCUUAUCCAGUGAGUAUCAGGGGCUCCUUCCUUGUCAGUAAGGCAGCUGGGGAAUUGGCCUAAUUUCUCACCUCUAUAUAGUGCCAGGGUUAAUUAUCUGUGGAGCUAUACCUCCAUUCCCAUAUACAUGUUAAUCAUUUAUGCUUCUUUAAGCACAGGGGCAACUUUAAAUUUUUACUUCCUCUCUUUACCUUGUACAUGAGCAUCCAUUAACAUCAGGGCCUUCAUGUCACAGUGACCUUGUAAAAGGCACUACUUUAUUAUUAGUACCAUAUUAUCAGCACCAGACUUUGUAAAUUAUCCAACAAUUUUGUACCCUGGAAAUGUCAAUAAUAAUACCUUGUUGUAUGUUAGAAUGGAUUUUCUUUUCCAGUCCACCACUUAAAAGGUCACUUUACCUCAUGAUACAAAAAAAAGUGUUUUUAAGUUAAUAUUUCUGCAUUUCUUCCAGAGGCUGUUCUAAAUAGAUUACAGCAAAAUGUAAUUUUACUUUUUAAGUUAUAUCAAACACUUCACAGUAAAUUUUUAAUUUUCAUUGUAUGUGUCAUAAGUGAUGACAUAAUUUUAAAUUGCAAAAUGUAUAUUAGUGGAAGUGUAGAAAGGUGAGGUAACAUUGAUGAGGAUACAGCUCAAGGAGGUUUGAGGCUCUCAUGGUGUGUACUUUCGUAGAUCAUUGCUUAAGGCAUGCAAACCUCUCGUCUACACCUGAAGGAGUGUAGGAAGCCUCCUGUCUACGAUUUAUGUGAUUUGGUUCUCAAACCCGGCCAUAGUUCCAGUGAAUUCUGCCUUUCUUAGGGACUCCACCCUCCUCCUAUGCCCCAUUUAUUUAAUUUGUCCCCUCUUUUGCUUCUGUGUUCUGCUUCUUCAUUUUUCCCCUUACUCUCUGAAUGAGACUCUGUCAUUUUCUCUUUACACCCAUUCACUAUAACCUUGAAAAUAAGCCCUUUAAAUGGGCCCUGUUUCUCUUCCCCUUACUUCCUAUUUGUUAACCCAGCCAUUAUUUCUCAGUUCACUGUGCCAUUGGAAAGAAGCCCUUCUAGGAGCCAACAUUCUUCACACUUUGUUAAAGUUGAGUUACUUAGAACGGUGGCUAUGAAGGGUUACAAUCUUUUGGAUUGUAACACUGUGUAGUUCAGAGGCAGCCUCAUGUUUCAGAGGAAUAUACUGUCACCAUCUUCAUAACUUGC